UCUCACGAACAUCAAAAUGGUGUGACCAGGCAUCACUUUAACACUGGUAACUACACAAGGCAACCUGAUACACCCAUAGUGGAUUCUGAAUUUACUAUUUUUCCUCCACCUUCUACAGUGGGUGACCAAUAUAUUGGCUUAUUACACAAAAAUGAAGUCAGUUUUGAACCUUUACCCGAGAUCCGUCCAAGAAGGCAAGGCAAAGAAAUUUCAUCUUCUAGGUAUCCACCCCGACCAGCUUAUUCUACGUAUGGAGUUACAAGAAGAUUCUCCAUUCAUGAUUGGUUUGAUGAGCCCCAUUUUCCACGUGAUCAGCUUCAGUACCUACAGGAAGUUGGUUUUGGAUGGUUCGGCCAGGUUGUUGAAGGAGAAGCUCAAAACAUCAACCCUUCUGAAAGAAGAAGUAAAGUGGUUGUAAAGAUUUUACGGGAAGAUGCUUCUCCAUCUCAACUUGCUUCCUUCUUGGACGAAGUUCAACCAUACAGAGAUCUUAAACAUCCAAAUAUUUUACAACUCCUGAGUCGAUGUCUAGAAUCUAAUCCUUUCCUUCUUAUUAUGGAACAUUGCACCCAGGAUAUGAAACAGUUCUUGAUUGAACAUCGCCAUGACUCGGAGCUGCUACUAAAAGGAGGGCAGAUUCUAAGCAUGAUGUGUGAUGUUGCCAAUGCCCUACAGUACAUGCAUGAACAUGGAUUCAUAAGCAGGGAUCUUGCUGCUCGAAACUGUUUUGUUACCUCUAGCAUAACUGUAAAGUUGGGAGACUAUGGGACAUCCAUUCAGAAGUACAAGGAUGACUACUACUAUCUUGGAGACAUUGCCCUCCCAGUUCGCUGGUGUGCACCUGAAACUGUGUUUUGUACAGAAACAACCAUAGAAACUAAACAACUUACAAGAGAAGCAAAUGUGUG